UGGUUAGGUUGCAGGAGCAGUUACUGAUCCCCAGGAACCUUCAGUGUAAUCAUAACUCUUGCUGAUAUAUAUAUAAUAUAUAUAUAUAUACAGUUCAAUAAACAUCUAACCCCGGCUGUGAUCCAACCACUGUACUCCUUGAAAAUCCACAAUGGGUGAUAUUGAUGAUUUCUUCGCUAAGAAGGAUAAGAAGAAGAAGGGAACUAAAAAGUUCUCUAAAGCUAACACUGAUGUCAUCGCCAAGAAUCUCAUAGAUUCUGACAGGAAGGAGUUGAAGGAGUUGGAGAGACAGGAGAAGGAGGUCGGAACCCAGCUGAUUGAAGAGAAACCUAUCCUAGUCCUCGGUACACCUGCUAUACCACCUCCACAGGAGGAUGAGGAGUGGGAUGAUUACAGGGAGAACAAGAAGGAUUACUCCGGGUUGAAGAUAGAAAACUUGAAGAUAGAAGAACAGAUUUCAGAGGAUGAAGAAGAGGAAACUGAGAUUAACGAGGACGGAGAAGUUGUGAAGGUUCGGAAGGAUGACUCUGGGCCCUGGAGUAAACUGGCCGGACAACCUGGAACUUAUGAACCUCAUCAUCAGCAGGAUCUGACUCCGGAACCGGAACCAAGUAUUCAGACUCCCAACGUUGUCGGAGGUUCCUACAUUCCUCCGCACAUGCGAGGAGGAGCUCCGGCUGCAGCGGAGCCAGAGCGGAAACCGGUUCCUCGUGGUAGAAUGCGUCCUGCGCCGGAUAUUAAUAGCGAGGUCUACUUCCCGUCGUUGUCCUCCGCAUCUGAGGACGGAGGUCCUAAGGGAGCCUGGGGUAAAACUCCCCGUGGGACAGGAGACGGAGGACAUUUCGAGGAGGUGCGGGAGAGAGGGAACCAAAACAUCUCCAGGCAUACCGAGGCUCCGAAGUUGUCUCUGGAAAACAAGUUCUCAGCUCUACGAGACGGAGAUUAAACACGCCUUUAUCCGAGUAUUUGCUUACACUGAUAUUUUACUCGUAUAACCUUUUUAUUAUCUUGCGCAAUACAUCAGUAUACUCAGUCCAGUUUGCCAUGGAAUAAAGGAUUACUAUCGAAUAAA